AUGGCGAAUUUUCUGAUGAUGAAGAUAAAGUUAUAUGUGUCCUCUUUGCUAGCAUUGGUAGCAGUUCUCCAAUCACAAGAUCAUGGAUUUCUUGGUUUGGUUUCCACGGAGACUUACCAGCAGGAGGUAAAAGACAGUUCUACCUUUGUCUUCUUUGGAGGUGAUCAAGCUAGUUGUAGUUCUAAUUCUGAUAGGAGUUGCCAUUAUGAGUAUCGUAGUACUGUUGGUGUAUAUGACCAGAAUCGUAACAACUUGAGUGAUUCUUACAAGGAAUUUGGUGGGUAUUAUGAUAAGGAAAAAGGGCUACAAGGAUUAGAUGGAAAACAACUUGGCAUCUUCUCCGUGGAGCUCGACAUGGUGAUAGCACGCCACCCCUUAAGACCGGCAAGUGAAGAAAAUAUGACUUCCUCGAUAGUAGGCUAUAUCGAGUCUCUCUCAUUUGUAAGGGUUGUACGUUGA